AUGAACGCUAGAGCCUUGCAUUACGUAUUUAAGAUAGGAGACAGACAAAAGUCAAUUGAGUUCUUCAAAAAUGUUCUUGGAAUGAAGGUAAGUCAGAUCCACACUGCAUUGAAUAUGAAAUAUUUUUUAGCGCACGUCACCGUGCGGACCCACCCCCAGGCUCAUGACGUUCUUUGUUUCGACUCCGCUCAAUUUUCAUAUUUGUUAAGCGCAUUUGCUAUAAUAGAUGUUCGCUUGAUUUGA